GCUAGAUCACAAUGGCAUUGGCACGGCCCUGGGGUUCAGACUUCAGACAAAUCGGGAAAUCGAUCAUGAUGGCUUCUCGGAUUCUGUCGGCGGCGUCGAAGAUGGGAUCCGCAGCGGCGAAGCGCCAAGCGCUGGACUUAACGGAUGCCGCCGCCGCUAGAAUAAGCCACCUGCUACAACAGCGGCAGCGGCCCUUCCUCAGGUUGGGCGUCAAGGCUCGUGGCUGUAAUGGCUUGUCGUACACCCUCAACUACGCAGAAGAAAAGGGGAAGUUUGACGAAUUGGUCGAGGACAAGGGUGUAAAGAUAUUAAUUGAUCCAAAGGCCCUUAUGCAUGUAAUCGGAACCAAGAUGGAUUUUGUAGAUGACAAACUCAGGUCCGAGUUCAUAUUUAUCAAUCCGAACUCUAAAGGGCAGUGUGGUUGCGGUGAAUCUUUCAUGACAACAACCAAUACUGGAGCUGUUUAGCAGGGUGAUGGUUAAAAGUUCAGUUGAACUUGUGAUGAAUCGAGACUCGAUGAAACACUUCAUUUUA